UCAGACUCCUAACUUCUCACAUUUCUUCUCUUUUAUUCUUUAAUUCAUUCAUUUUUUUCCUAAAAAAAAACAAAACAAAACCAACCCCAAAUUCCUCAAUCAAUUACUCAAGAUUUAACAGGUUUCGUUAUGGAGAUGCAUCCGAGUAGCAACGAGACCGAUUUAGCAAUGUUGGACUCAAUUCGGCGACACUUACUCGGCGAGUCAUCAGACUUCCGACUCGAUGCUUCCGUUGAUUGUACCACUACCACGGCUCCCCCCGUGUUUUGCAGAAGCUCAAGCUUCAACCGCUUGUACCCAUGUUUGGCUGAAACCUGGGGUGACCUUCCUCUUAAAGAAAACGAUUCUGAAGAUAUGCUCGUUUUUGAGUUCCUCCGAGAUGCUUUAACCGUAGGCUGGGCGCCCUCCGAUAACUCUUCUAUCAAAUAUACGCCGAUUAAACCGGAGCCGCAGGAGAUUUUAGUUGAGGCUCCAGCUGCGAAUACGGUUGUUCCCGCGGUGGUUCCGACCAAAGCGAGGCAUUACAGAGGAGUUAGGCAAAGGCCGUGGGGGAAAUUCGCAGCUGAGAUAAGGGACCCGGCUAAAAAUGGGGCUCGGGUUUGGUUAGGUACUUUUGAAACAGCUGAGGAUGCGGCUUUGGCUUAUGAUAAAGCAGCUUAUAGGAUGCGCGGGUCCAAGGCUUUGUUGAAUUUCCCAUUGAGGGUGAAUUCCGGGGAGCCUGACCCAGUGAGGGUAACGUCAAAGAGAGCAUCACCCGAGCCGUCCAAUUUUUCAUCAUCCGGCUCAGAGCAGGGGUCACCGAAAAGGAGGAGAAAGGUGGCUCCCUCAGCUCCGGUUGUGGGUGAAGCCUGGUUAGAUAUGAGUUCAGCAGCUGCAGUUGAGUAUGAAAUUGGAUCACGUACUAAUAGCAAUCAACUAUUAAUCAGCUAAUGGAUUAAUGAAAGAAGCAGGGAAAAUGAGGGUCUGAAAUAUUUGUAAACUUGUGUUGGCUUUGUGCAUACAAGGAAAUUGAUAUUAUUUCAUGGUUGUUUCGCUAAAUGAGAAAAUUUUAUUCUUUAAUAAAAAAUUAUGUAAGCAAUAUGGUUGAAAA